AUGUCUUCAAUCGAUAGCGGCAAUUCUUUUAAAAAAUCAAGUUCGUCAGAUUCAAAGCAUUCCAAAAGACUCGUUGCUUUGCGGUCCGAUUCCUUUUAUUUUGAAUCUCCAAAAGAUACCCCAGAACCUGCUUCUUUACAGCAUAAUAACCAUGGAAACGAUGAAUUUUCCUAUAGUGUAUUUGUAGAUGACAGAAGGCUCUCACAACUGAUACAGCAAGCUAACAGUUCAUUUUCUGAUAUGUCAGACUCCAGCGAUCAGUCUAUAUCAAAAUCAAUCAUAUCAUCUUCUUCCUCCGAAAGACAUGCAAACACGGAUAACAUAAGAGGAAGUCCAAAUCCAUCACAAAAAGGCAAAAAGCCUGUAUUACUCACUUCUCAAGAUAACUUACUGAGCUCACAACACGAGUUAAAAGGCCAUAGUAGUAUGAAUACAGUGGCAACUUCCGUCCUCAUCUUAUCUGGCAAUAAUCAAAGCAGUAACGAUGCGUUGAAAUUAAAGAGAGAAUCUGUAGCAUCAACAGGAGGUACAUCUGGUAAUAGAACGUCAUCUUUCUAUUCUGCUUUUGAAAGUCCCAUAAAUAGCAAUAAUUCCGCCUUAGAAAAGAUCUGCCAUUCCGGAGCAGUUUUAGAUGAUAAGGAACAUGUGCCGAUGGACAAUUCUGAAAUUGGCAGUCACUCAUUCAUGUAUGAAGAUACUAUAGAGCCUACCAUCGAAGAAGCGUAUAAACUUUUGAAAAUUGAAGCUGACAUGCCAAUGUGUAACCUUUCGCUAAUACGAAGCAAAGAGUUUGAACCAACUAAAUUCCAGCUUUCCAUGAAAUCAUUGAAAGCCACUGAUAACGCGAAACACAUUUCUGCGUUGAGUCAAAACACAACAUCCUAUGCUACACAAAGUACUAAUAAAAGUUCAAAACCGAGUAGAAUCACCCAUAAUUCUUCCCUAUUGGAAAAUAUAUUAGUAACAUCGCCUACAAGCGAUAAAACGGACAAUACAAGAAAUAUAUCUUUAUUAAAGACUAUAUCGUCACCACGAAAAUUAAGACAAUCAACUAAUGAAAUGCAUAUCACUCAUACGCCAAAGAUCACCAGAUCCCAGCUCGAUUUAAUGAUUUCAAACAUAAACUCCGGCAGUUACAAUGCUAAUCCAACGAAUAGUGACAGUCCCGAUAUAAUAGACCUCCCCAACGACCUAGAGAAAGGUAAUAUACCUAUACAGCAUAUUGACUCAAACUCGGUACAUUCUUACGACUCAGAAAAGUACAAGUUCACGGACGUCUUCAGCAUAUGGAGCAUAAUAAAAAUCAUCACAAUUGGGCUGAUUGUACCGCCUGUCUUUCUCAUGAUUGCAGCUGGCAGUAAAUGUGGAUUUUCCGAUUAUAGAAUCCUAAAACUAAUAUUAAACCAAGAACAUCGAAUUGGACUAUUAAGAGGCUUUGUUUGGGAUGUUGACAUUCAUUGGUUCAGAAUGUUAUGCUUUUGCAUUGGUAGUAUAGAGUUUAUUGCUAUACUAGCUUGCAUUGGUGUUGGUGGAGGUGUUGGCCUAGCUACCGAGUAG